AUGAAAAAACACAAAACGCCAUGUAAAAGAAAAUAUCGGCAAAGAGCUCAUUGUAAUCCUCUAUCAGAUAGUUAUAUAAAAUAUCCGAGGAACUAUGAAUAUGUUGAUUGGAGUUUACAUUUUCCAUUUUAUUUUGACAAAAAUAAAAAUGAAGAUGAAUAUAUAACAAAUAAAGAGAAUUCAAAAGAUGAACAUAUGAUAACAGAUAAUAUAAAUAAUGAUAAAAGUGAUAAUAUAAAUAAUGAUAAAAGUGAUAAUAUAAAUAAUGUGCUGUAUUUAAAUACAAAUAAAUAUCCAGUGAAUUAUAAAAUAAAAAAUAAAUUUAAUCAAUUUUAUGAGAAUAAUAAAGAUGUAACUAUUUUAGAUAUAGGAUGUGGAUAUGGUGGUUUAUUAUUUUCUUUAAGUAAAAUAUUUAAUGAUAAAUUAAUUUUAGGUUUAGAAAUAAGAGAUAAAAUUACAAAUUAUGUUGGUGAGAAGAUUUUAUCUUAUCGAUAUAAUUAUAAUCCAUAUUAUCAUAAUAUAUCUGUUAUUCGUACGAAUGUAAUAAAAUUCUUACCAAAUUAUAUAAAAAAAAAUCAAAUAGAAAAAAUCUUUUUUUGUUUUCCUGAUCCUCAUUUUAAAAAACAUAAUUGGAGAAGAAGAAUUAUUACUAUAGAAAAUUUGUCUUUAUAUUAUCAUUUAUUAAAAAAUAAUGGUUAUAUUUAUUUUAUUACAGAUGUAUAUACAUUAUACUUAUGGGUCAUAUUUUGUUUUUCAAAAUGUUCCUAUUUUAAAUUACUUACAAAGAAAGAUUGUGAAAAUGAUAUUUGUGUUAAGUUAAUUCAUGAAAGUUCAGAAGAAUCAAAAAAGGUCAAAAAAAAUAAACAAAAUAUGUAUUACUGCGUCGCCCAAAAAAUUUUAUAA